AAAUCAUUUCCGGAUUUGAAACAGGUCAAGAAUGGAAUUUAUGGAAUGACUCGCCCAAAACAAUCCUUCUCUGUUAGUCAUAUCCUCCCCGUCUGAGAAUUUGCGUUCAGAAAAAGCAAACUUUAUUAGAUUUAAAAUCAUUUAUCGACCUACAAGAUGUCGAGCAGGAAAACAAAGUCCAAAGCCACAAAGAAGCGAGCCCAAAGGGCCACUUCCAAUGUGUUCGCCAUGUUUGACCAGGCCCAGAUUCAGGAGUUUAAGGAAGCGUUUAACAUGAUUGACCAAAACAGAGACGGUUUCAUUGACAAGGAGGAUUUAGCUGAUAUGCUCGCUUCAUUAGGAAAAAAUCCAACAGACCAAUACCUGGACGAGAUGAUGAACUGUGCCCCAGGCCCAAUCAACUUUACCAUGUUUUUGACAAUGUUUGGAGAGAAAUUAAACGGCACAGACCCUGAAGAUGUCAUUAAGAAUGCAUUUGCCUGUUUUGAUGAAGACGCAUCAGGUUACAUUAAUGAAGACAGACUACGGGACUUACUAAUGACCAUGGGAGAUCGUUUUACUGAAGAUGAGGUUGAUGAAAUGUUUCGUGAGGCACCUUUAAAGAAUGGAAUGUUCGAUUACGUAGAAUUUACAAGAAUCCUCAAACACGGCAAAAAAGAGGAAGCAUAAAACGUGGGCACAUGCUGCGCAACAUUCCUGAUUCUCCACAUAGCGCGUGCGGGACCAAUUCAGGCCGGAACCAGUGGAGACAUUUAGUUAACACUUGUUGACGGGGACCAAACCUUUAUAUACACUUUAUGUUAUUAUAUUUAUACAUUAAACAUAACCUUUGA